GGGACAGUGAGCUGGCGGAUCAGAGGGGGAAACGGAGUUGAGAGAGCGGACUUCAGGGUCUGUGCUCCGCACUUACCGAGAGCGCUGUGGAACUGCUGUCCCACCGCCGCUGCGGAUCAUUGCGUCAUGCAGCUCCCUGACUUGAGGUCCUGGGCCUCCCUGCUGCUGGUGGACAUGGCCUUACUUUGGCUGCUUCAGGGGACUCUAGGAGCUGUGCUUCCCCAAGGCCUUCCAGGACUAUGGCUGGAGGGGACCCUGCGACUGGGAGGACUUUGGGGGCUGCUAAAGCUGGGAGGGCUGCUGGGAUUUGUGGAGACCUUAUUGCCUGUGCUGUGCCUGGCAACCCCUCUGUUUCUCUCCCUGAGAGCCUUGGUGGGAGGGGCCUUGAGUGCCCCCCCAGUCAGAGUGGCUUCAGCUUCUUGGAGUUGGCUGCUGGCUGGGUAUGGGGCUGCAGGGCUCAGCUGGGCUCUAUGGGCUGUGCUGAGCCUUCCAGGAGUCCAGGAGAGGGAGCCAGGCCAGGAGAACAACAAAGCCCUGAUGUGGAGGUUGCUGAAGCUCUCCAGGCCAGACCUGCCUUACCUCAUGUCUGCCUUCUUCUUUCUUGUUAUGGCUGUGUUGGGAGAGACAUUAAUCCCUCACUAUUCUGGUCGUGUGAUUGACAUCCUUGGAGGUGCUUUUGAUCCGGAUGCCUUUAGCAGUGCCAUCUUUUUCAUGUGCCUAUUUUCCAUUGGGAGCUCACUGUCUGCAGGCUGCCGAGGAGGUUCCUUCCUUCUCACCAUGUCCAGAAUCAACUUGAGGAUCCGAGAGCAGCUUUUCUCCUCCCUGCUUCGACAGGACCUGGGUUUCUUCCAGGAGACUAAGACAGGGGAGCUGAACUCAAGACUGAGCUCAGACACCACCCUGAUGAGUUGCUGGCUUCCUCUUAAUGCCAAUGUAUUCCUGCGGAGCCUGGUGAAAGUGGUGGGGCUCUAUAGCUUCAUGCUCAGUGUGUCACCUCGACUCACCCUCCUCUCUCUACUUGACAUGCCUCUCACAAUAGCAGCGGAGAAGGUGUACAAUACCCGCCAUCAGGCUGUGCUUCUGCAGAUCCAGGAUGCAGUGGCCAGGGCAGGGCAGGUGGUACGGGAGGCAGUCGGAGGGCUGCAGACAGUGCGCAGUUUUGGGGCAGAGGGGCAUGAAGUCAGUCGCUAUAAGGAAGCCUUGGAGCAAUGUCGUCAUCUGUGGUGGCAGCGAGACAUGGAACAAGCCCUGUAUCUGCUCAUACGGAGGGUGCUAUGCUUGGGUGUGAAGGUGCUGAUGCUGAGCUGUGGACUGCAGCAGGUACUGGCUGGUGAGAUCACCCAGGGUGGACUGCUCUCCUUUCUGCUGUACCAGGAGGACGUGGGGAACCAUGUGCAUAUGCUGGUGCACAUGUGUGGGGAUAUGCUGAGCAAUGUUGGAGCUGCUGAGAAAGUUUUUCGAUACCUGGAUAGAAAGCCAAAUAUGCCCCAGCCUGGAACACUGGCCCCUCCUACACUUCAGGGUCUUGUGGAAUUCCGAGAUGUCUCCUUUGCAUAUCCCAAUAACUCUGACCAGCCUGUGCUCAAGGAGCUGACUUUCACUCUACGUCCUGGAGAGGUGACAGCGCUGGUGGGACCCAAUGGGUCUGGGAAGAGCACUGUGGCUGCCCUGCUGCAGAACCUGUACCAGCCCACCGGAGGCCAGCUGCUGCUGGAUGGGAAGCCCAUUUCAGAAUAUGAACACUGCUACCUGCACAGACAGGUUGUUUCAGUUGGGCAGGAACCUGUGCUGUUUUCUGGUUCUGUGAGGGACAACAUUGCUUAUGGGCUGAAGAACUGUGAGGAUGAUCACGUGAUGGCUGCCAUCCAGGCGGCCCAUGCAGAUGACUUCAUAAGGGAGAUGAAGCACGGAAUAUAUACAGAUGUAGGGGAGAAGGGCAGCCAGAUGGCUGUGGGACAGAAACAACGUCUGGCCAUUGCCCGGGCCCUUGUGAGGGACCCACGAGUUCUCAUUCUGGAUGAGGCCACCAGUGCGCUGGAUGUCCAGUGUGAGCAGGCUUUACAGGCUUGGAGAUCCAACGGGGACCGAACAGUGCUGGUGAUUGCACAUAGGCUGCACACGGUUUGGAGUGCUGACCAGAUACUGGUGCUCAAGCAGGGGCAGCUGCUCAAUCCCACCCAGCUCAGGGAGGACCAGGACUUCUACUUCCACUUGGUACAGCAGUAACUGGAGGACUGUGACCUCCAGAUACAUUAACAGUCUCAGAACCAUCACUUGGACCCAGACCCAGACCUAGAGUAACGCCUCUGAAUAUUCCUGGGUUGUGCUCCUGGGUAGUUGCUCCUGGAGCUGGAGGCAUGAUGGACAUCUGGCGUGUGUGUGCUUCUGCUG